CCCGCAGCUCUGUUUUUCUCUCCCUCAGGCUCCUCGCAGUUUGCUCCAGCGGUUACACAAGCGGCCCCGUUUUUUAAAGGCACGGCUGUUGUUAACGGAGAGUUCAAGGAGCUGACCCUGGAUGAUUUCAAGGGGAAGUACCUCGUUCUCUUCUUCUACCCCCUGGACUUCACCUUUGUAUGCCCCACAGAAAUUGUGGCUUUCAGCAACAAAGCAAAUGAAUUUCAUGAUGUGAACUGUGAAGUUGUGGCAGUUUCUGUCGAUUCCCAUUUUUGUCAUCUGGCCUGGAUAAAUACACCACGAAAGAGUGGUGGUUUGGGCAAAAUGAAUAUUCCAGUUCUGUCGGACCUCACAAAACAAAUCUCCCGUGAUUAUGGUGUGCUGCUAGAAGGACCUGGUAUAGCACUAAGAGGUCUCUUCAUCAUUGAUCCAAAUGGAAUCAUCAAGCAUCUAAGUAUCAAUGACCUCCCUGUCGGUCGUAGUGUGGAAGAGACGCUCCGCUUGGUGAAAGCAUUCCAGUACGUGGAAACGCAUGGAGAGGUUUGCCCGGCAAACUGGACUCCGGACUCCCCUACAAUCAAACCAAGCCCAGAAGCUUCUAAAGAAUAUUUUGAGAAAGUGCAUACAUAAACACUCAAAUGUGUGGACAAAGCUCUUGGUU